AUGGAGAAUAGUUUCUAUGAAAUGAUUACUGCCACUGUUUCUCAUGACAUGAGAACUCCAAUUAACGCCAUAAUGGGCAUCACAGAGAGUCUGGAUUAAUUUGUAAGUCUGGGAAACGGAAAAAAGCUUUUACAAGUAGUGAGUAAUUCUUCAAAGAUUUUGCUCUUUCUAGUAAACGAUAUUUUGGACUUCUUUUAGUUAAAAAAUGGAUAAUUCCACGUUAAAUAUGAUAAAGUGGAUAUUAAAAAACCUGUCUCAGAACUUAUUGAUAUGUUUAAGGUGGUGACGGAUGAGAAAAAUUUGCAAAUGAUUUCAGAGACUGAAACAGAUACUAAUUAAUCUUAUCAGCAAUUCAUUGAAAUUUACUCUUUAAGGAUCUAUACAAAUAUUGAUAAAAUAUGA